UGUGGAAUAGUUUCGAUGGUUUGUGGGGGAAAAAGUAAAAAGAGAAAGAAAAAUAAUAUUUAAUUUUCAAUUUUUUUUUAAUAUAAAACCUAUGUAGGAAAUAUUAAAAAUGUCAAAAAAAUAAAAAAUAAUUAGGGUUGAAAAAUGUAUACUAGAAUGUAAGAAGAAGAGAAACAAAAAGGGAAAAGCUCGUCUGAAAACCAUAAUUUUUCCAAUCACUUCUCCGCCCUUCUCUCUCUAUCCUCCACCAGAGCUCCAAAUGGACACACCUGAGGUGGACAAUAAGCCAUCUCAGGACAUCUCUGAAAAUGUGCUGCAGGAAACCCGUGAAGAGAUGCUUUCUAGGCAUAGGAAGGAGAUCUCCGAACUGCAGAACAAGGAAACCGCAAUGAAAAAGGCGGCGGCUAAAGGCAGUAAGGCUGAGCAGAAAGUGAAGAAGAAACAAGUGGAGGAUGAAAUAUCCAAUCUUUCUGCAAAGCUGAAACAAAAGCAUGCAGAGGAACUUGCCUCAGUUGGUUACGGCAACAGUGAUGGUAAAGAAAAAGGUCAACUAGACAGUUUGGUGAAUGCAAUAGCUGGAGUUACAGUCACUAAUAAAGUUGAAAGGUCAAGGCCCAGCAAGAGUGUUCAGAGGCGUGAGAAAAGAGCUCAACAAGAAGCUGCCAGGGAACAAAGAAUUCAAGAAGAGCAGAGUAACAUAGUAAGUGAGAGAGUUUCAGAGAAUGAGAAGUUAGAAAAGAAGCUCGAGCCCCUUGGCUUGGCAAUUAAUGAGAUAAAGCCAGAUGGUCACUGUCUCUAUCGAGCUGUUGAAGAUCAGCUUGCCCUCCAAUCAGGAGGUUCUUCCCCUUAUACUUUUCAACAACUCCGGCAAAUGGUGGCAAACUAUAUGAGGAAUCAUGCUUCUGAUUUUCUCCCAUUUUUCCUUUCUGAGAAUGCCGAAGAUGGAGAAUCUGAUGAUAACAUUACAGAGAGGUUUGAAAGCUAUUGUAAAGACGUGGAGUCAACCGCAGCAUGGGGUGGACAGUUAGAACUCGGCGCACUCACUCACUGCCUCAAGAAACAUAUCAUGAUCUACUCAGGAUCCUUCCCUGAUGUGGAGAUGGGAAACGAAUACAAAUCCAAUGCUGGGAAUGGCUCAUCAUUUAAGUCAAGCAUCAAACUUUCUUACCAUCGGCAUGCAUUUGGUCUUGGUGAGCAUUACAACUCUGUUGUUCCUAUUGAUGGUUAUUAA